AUGGGCGGACUCAACCUCAAAGAAUGGCAAAAGCUACCCGUCAGCCUAUCCGAGCUCUGCAUCAACACCACCCUCCGAUGCGGGCAAUCUUUCCGAUGGCGCAAAAACGACGCUGGAGUAUGGUCAAUUGCUCUGCAUAACCGAAUACUCUCACUCCAUCAGGACCCAGAGUAUCUCUACUAUCGCUCUCUCCCACCCCCAGCUUUUGAAUCAUACUCCACAUCAUCACUGAGUCCCGAGGAAGACACAAAGUCAGACACCUUAGAUCUCGUCCGACAUUAUCUGAAUCUCACUCCCAACCUCACUGAGCUAUACGCACAAUGGUCCGCCUCAGACGCCAACUUCGCCAAAAAAGCCCCCAAAUUCACAGGCGUUCGCAUACUACRACAGGACGCAUGGGAAGCACUUAUCGGGUUCAUUUGCAGUUCCAACAACAACAUCGCGCGGAUCUCUCAGAUGGUUCACAAACUUUGUGUAAACUACGGUCCUUUACUUGGUAGCCUGGAUGAAGAGGUCUACCACGAUUUCCCAGAACCGCAAGCACUUGCUCAGCCAGGCGUGGAAGCGAAUUUGAGGUUACUAGGGUUUGGGUAUCGGGCAAAGUACAUUUACCAAACUGCAUGCAUGGUAGCGGCCAAACCAGAUGGAUGGCUUGACUCUUUGCGGAAUCCAGAAGCGCCGGUACUGGGCACGAAAGCUGGAGAUGGUGGCAAAUGGGCUGCGGAGGGAAGGGAAGGCUACCGCAAGGCUCACGAAGAGCUCCUGACUCUUCAAGGCGUCGGUCCGAAAGUCGCAGAUUGUGUGAGCUUGAUGGGCCUGGGUUGGGGAGAAGCGGUACCCGUUGACACACACGUGUGGCAGAUCGCACAGCGAGACUACAAGUUUGGGAAGGGAAAGCACGCCAGCUUAACCAAGGCAACAUACGACGCUAUUGGCAACAAAUUUAGGUCGCUGUGGGGAGUGGAAGCUGGCUGGGCACAUUCUGUGCUGUUCACUGCGGAUUUGAAGGCAUUUAGCGAGAGGCUGGUAGCGAAGACUGAAACCAAGGAAGAGAAAGUUGAGAUCAAGAACGAAGAUGGGGAGCCGAUCGUCGAGGAUGUUGUGWAGGUGGAAAAGGUCUUGGAAAAGGCUAUCAAAAGAGAACACGAGGAUGAGGAGACACUCRUGGUUGAGGUCGAAGAGAAGGUGAAGAGGUCCAAGCGGAGACGGAGAAACUGA